AUGGCUUCCGCUAUAGACUACGAAAUCUCCGGCAUAACCCUCCUCCUAAUCCUCUGGGUCGCCUGGGCAAUGACGACGGAGCGCCGCCACCGCCGCCUCGAGCAGCUCGGCCGCCUCCCGCCGGGCCCCCGCCCGCUCCCGCUCGUCGGCAACAUCUUCCAGCUGGGCUGGGCCCCGCACCGGUCCCUAGCCCGCCACGCACGGGCCCACGGCCCAAUCAUGACGCUCUACCUCGGCUCCAUGUGCACGGUCGUGAUCUCGUCGAAAGAAGCCGCACGCACCAUGUUCAAGAGCUACGACGUGGUGCUGGCGGGACGGAAGAUCUACGAGUCCAUGAAGGGGCCCAAGAGCCGCGACGGGUCCAUCAUCACGGCCCAGUACGGCCCGCACUGGCGCAUGCUCCGCCGCCUCUGCACGGUGGAGUUCUUCGUCGGGCACCGGCUCGACGCCACCCGAGCCGUACGGAGCCGGUGCGUGUGCCGGAUGGUCCGGUUCAUCGACGAGGCGAGGGCCCACGAGCCGGUGGUGGACCUGGGCCGGUUCAUUUUCCUGAUGGCGUUUAAUCUCAUAGGGAACCUCAUGUUCUCGAGGGACCUGCUGGACCCGGAGUCCGAGAGAGGGGCGCGGUUCUUCCACCACGCCGGGAAAGUGAUGGAGUUCGCCGGGAAGCCCAACGUGGCGGAUUUCUUCCCCGUUCUGAGCCGGUUCGACCCGCAGAGGAUCCGGAGGAACACGCAGUUCCACGUGGAGCGGGCGUUCGAGAUCGCUGGGGAGUUUAUCGAGGAGAGGUUGGUGGAGAUGGAGAGGACACGUGGCGACGAGGAGGAGGAGAAGGAGAAGGAUUUCUUGGACGCGUUGUUGGGUUUCCGCGGGGAAGGAGUUGACGAGCCGGCGAAGUUCUCUUCGAGGAUGGUCAACGUUAUUGUCUUUGAGAUGUUCACGGCAGGUACAGACACAACUACGAGCACAUUGGAAUGGGCAAUGGCCGAACUCCUCCACAACCCAGAAAAGCUACACAAGGCCCAAUCCGAGUUAAGAGCCGUAGUUGGCCCAGGGAAGAAACUUGAAGAAGAAGACAUCCCUAGUCUACCAUACCUUAAAGCCAUCAUCAGCGAAACGUUGAGGCUCCAUCCACCAUUGCCCUUCCUCGUCCCGCACAUGGCCAUGCAGCCAUGCAAAAUGCUAGGGUACUACAUCCCCAAAGAGACCCAAAUCCUAGUGAACGUUUGGGCCAUCGGCCGGGACCCGAGCACGUGGCCCGACCCACACGAGUUCAAGCCCGAGAGGUUCUUGGACUCCGACGCGGUGGAUUACAAAGGCCAGCAUUUCGAGUUCUUGCCGUUUGGGUCGGGCCGGAGGAUGUGCCCGGCCCUGCCUCUCGUUUCUCGGGUUUUGCCCCUGGCGUUGGGCUCGUUGUUGAAUGAGUUUGAUUGGGCUCUGCCCGAUGGGCUCGAGGCCCAGGAUUUGGACAUGAGCGAGAGGAUGGGCAUUACCCUUAGGAAGGCUGUUCCGUUGAAAGUGAUACCGAGUAGGAGGUACUAG